CCAGAUCAUGUGUAUACUCACACGGCUGUUGUGCCUGACUUUGCUGUGGAUAGCAGCCGCAGAAUCUGAAGCAGAUCCUCUGAUUGUUGAGAUUACAAAUGGAAAAAUCCGUGGCAAAGAUAAUGGGUUAUACUAUAGCUACGAAUCGAUUCCGUAUGCCGAGCCUCCAACUGGUGCCCUCCGUUUCGAAGCACCUCAGCCGUAUAGUCAUCAUUGGACUGAGGUUUUCAAUGCCACGCAGUCUCCAGUUGCGUGCUUGCAGUGGAAUCAGUUUAGAAACGAAAACAAUAAGCUGAUGGGUGAUGAGGAUUGCUUAACGGUAAGCAUCUAUAAGCCAAAGAAACCCAGUCGGAGCAGCUUUCCUGUCGUAGUCCUACUGCAUGGAGGUGCUUUCAUGUUCGGUAGUGGAUCCAUAUAUGGACACGACUACAUUAUGCGUGAGGGAAAUUUGCUUGUGGUGAAAAUAAGCUAUCGUCUUGGACCACUGGGUUUUGCAAGUGCCGGUGAUAGGGACUUGCCGGGAAACUAUGGUCUAAAGGAUCAACGUCUGGCUCUACAAUGGAUCAAGAAGAACAUUGCUCACUUUGGUGGAAUGCCAGAUAAUAUUGUGCUCAUUGGUCACUCUGCAGGCGGUGCUUCGGCUCAUUUACAGCUGUUGCAUGAGGAUUUCAGACAGCUGGCCAAAGGAGCUAUUUCGGUGAGCGGCAAUGCUCUGGAUCCUUGGGUCAUACAGCAGGGUGGACGACGACGUGCAUUUGAACUGGGUCGGAUAGUCGGUUGUGGACACAAAAAUGUCUCCGCAGAACUCAAGGACUGCUUAAAGUCUAAGCCGGCUAGCGAUAUAGUCUCUGCUGUCCGAAGCUUCCUUGUGUUUUCCUACGUACCUUUUAGUGCUUUUGGACCUGUUGUGGAGCCGUCAGAUGCACCAGACGCCUUUCUUAUCCAGGAACCAAGAGAAGUGAUUAAGAGCGGAAAGUUUGCCCAAAUCCCUUGGGCUGUGACGUACACCACCGAGGAUGGGGGAUACAACGCUGCCCAGCUGUUGGAAAGAAACAAAAUAACUGGCGAGAGUUGGAUUGACCUACUCAAUGAUCGCUGGUUUGAAUGGGCACCAUACUUGCUCUUCUAUCGGGACUCCAAGAGAACCAUUAAGGAUAUGGAUGAUCGUUCAUUUGAUCUCAGGCAGCAGUAUCUAGCAGAUCGGCGAUUCAGUGUGGAAAGUUAUUGGGACGUGCAGCGAAUGUUCACUGAUGUUCUUUUCAAGAAUAGCGUGCCAAGUGCAAUAGAUCUUCACCGAAAGUAUGGCAAAAGUCCGGUUUAUUCUUUUGUCUACGAUAAUCCCACCGAUUCCGGAGUGGGUCAAUUGCUUUCCAAUCGCACCGACGUAAAUUUUGGUACUGUCCACGGAGAUGACUUUUUCUUGAUUUUCAAUACAGCUGCAUACCGAACCGGCAUUCGUCCGGAUGAAGAAGUUAUUUCAAAAAAGUUUAUAAGGAUGCUGGAGGAUUUCGCACUCAACGAUAAGGGAACAUUGACAUUUGGAGGGUGUAAUUUGCGAAAUAAUGUGAACAGCAAAGAAUAUCAAGUGCUGCGUAUUUCACGAAACGCUUGUAAGAAUGAGGAAUAUGCUCGAUUUCCCUAAGGAAUAAAUGCAUAUAAUGCAUUUACAAAAUGUAAAUAGUAUAAUAAUGUAAUUAAAGAACAAAUUUAUUAAA